CGGGGCGGCGGCGGAGCGGCUCCGCCCCCGCUCCCUGCCAGGGAGGCUGAGGCACCGGCCGCCGCUGCCCGGCCUCCCCGCGCACCCGCCCCGGGGCAGCGAGGCGCCGGGAGGAUGCGAGUGGGCGCUGCGGGCGGCGGCGAGGCGAGGGCCCGGGCGGCCGGCGGCGUUGGGAGUUCCCGGCUCACCCGCCGCCCCCCCGCCCCAAAAGAAGUGCAGUAGUUUGUGAAACGCAAGAUGGCGGCGCGGCCGUGAGCGAAGGCGGCAGGCGGGCAGGCAGGCAGGCAGGCAGGCGGGCGGCGCGGGCGCGGGCUGAGGGGGCGAGGCGGAGCGGCGCCGUCAGAUCAGGAUGUGCAGCACUGGAGAUCAACACCGACUUCAAUAAACCAUGUAAUGGAGGCAGUUCUGGAUCUCUGAAAGGGCUCAGAGUAUCUGCAAUAGUGAACGUUAUCUGUAAUUGGCCUACUGGAACAGGAUGUUGCAAACCUUACUGAAGUCAAGAUACAUAGCAAGGUCCCGCAUGCUGUUCUUGUGAGCAGUACAGGAGAGGUGUUUCAGAGGAACUGAAGUACAAGGGUGAUGCAUAAUUGGUUUGAUAAACUACUUGAGUGUGAGUUUUUGUAAUCUCCUGGUAAACAGAGAGAACGUGUCAGGUGGUGGAUGUGGACUUUAAAACAGUGUGUCUCAACAUUUCAUCCUCAACUAUCUAUUUUUAAUCUGAUUGCACUACAAAAGAAAAGCUGCUAAUGGGAUAAAUGUUGAGACUUUACAAGAACUGACUUGAAGUACCGAAAGCCAUUAUUACUAAUCAAGAAGAGCUUGAAGCUAAGUCUGUAUCUGACCAGUCAGUAUCAUUUUCACAUAACAGGCAUGGCAAGUAAACGAAAAUCAACAACACCGUGCAUGGUCUUAGCCAACGAGCAGGAUCCGGAUCUAGAAAUGGUAUCAGACUUGGAGGAAGGACCACCUAUACUCACGCCAGCAGAUAAUCCUACAGCAGAGAGCGUAACAAGUGAUGAGGAUGUUCAUGAGUAUGUGGAUUCAGACAAUCAGAAAAAUACAAGUAAAGUAGAAGGUGGUUAUGAGUGUAAAUACUGUACUUUUCAAACUCCAGAUCUCAAUAUGUUUACUUUUCAUGUAGAUUCAGAACAUCCCAAUGUAGUAUUAAAUUCAUCCUAUGUUUGUGUAGAAUGCAAUUUUCUUACCAAAAGAUACGAUGCGCUCUCAGAACAUAAUUUGAAGUACCACCCUGGAGAGGAGAAUUUUAAAUUGACCAUGGUGAAACGUAAUAAUCAGACAAUCUUUGAACAAACAGUAAAUGAUCUCACUUUUGAUGGGAGUUUUGUUAGAGAAGAAAAUGCUGAACAGGCCGACUCCUCUGAGGUCUCCUCAUCGGGGAUCUCAAUUAGCAAAACUCCUAUUAUGAAAAUGAUGAAAAACAAAACCGAGAGUAAACGUAUCGCUGUUUUCCACAAUGUAGUUGAUGACAUUCCUGGUGAAGAAAAGGGAACUGAAAAUGAGCCAAACUCUGAAGAAGUAGUAGAAAACCCACCACCAGCAGUUUCUGAGUCAAAAGCAAGCCAUUCAGUUGUUUGCAGUGCAGCAGAUGUGGCUAGUGCAGUAGUGACUCCAGCACCAGUUCUUCAGCCUGGAGUGGCACAGGUUAUAACAGCUGUUACAGCUCCACAGAACUCAAACCUGAUUCCAAAAGUCCUAAUACCUGUAAAUAGCAUUCCAGCCUAUAACACUGCUUUGGAUAACAAUCCUCUUUUGCUUAACACCUACAACAAAUUCCCAUAUCCAACCAUGUCGGAAAUCACUGUUCUUUCCACUCAAGCUAAGUACACAGAGGAACAGAUUAAAAUAUGGUUUUCUGCGCAGCGUCUGAAACACGGUGUGAGUUGGACGCCGGAGGAAGUGGAGGAAGCAAGGAGGAAACAAUUUAAUGGCACAGUGCAUACUGUGCCACAGACAAUUACUGUUAUUCCAGCACACAUUUCCGCCGCUAGCAAUGGUUUACCUUCAAUUUUACAGACAUGCCAAAUAGUUGGUCAACCAGGGCUUGUUCUCACUCAAGUUGCAGGUGCAAAUACGUUACCAGUAACAGCCCCAAUAGCUUUGACUGUAGCGGGAGUCCCAAACCAAACACAGUUACAGAAGAGUCAGAUUCACACUGCUCAGCCUAUUGCAGAAACCAAACAAGUAGCUGCUGUUCCAGCCCCUCAGCCUAUCAAAAAUGAAUCCACGCUGAUGAAUCCUGACUCCUUCGGCAUCCGAGCAAAAAAAACUAAGGAACAGCUGGCAGAAUUGAAAGUCAGCUACCUUAAAAAUCAGUUUCCUCAAGAUUCAGAAAUUGUUAGACUUAUGAAAAUAACAGGCCUGACUAAAGGAGAGAUCAAAAAAUGGUUCAGCGAUACACGCUACAAUCAGAGAAACUCAAAGAAUAAUCAUGGGAUUCAUCUCAACAGUGAUUCGUGUGCCACCAUUGUUAUUGAUUCAAGCGAUGAAAUGAAUGAGUCUCCAACGGGAGUCACUCCACAGAGCAAGUCAUCGUGGAGCGCUUUUCCUGAUUUCACCCCGCAGAAAUUCAAAGAGAAGACUGCUGAACAGCUGCAAGUCCUCCAAGCAAGUUUUCUUAAUAACCCUGUCCUUACUGAUGAAGAGAUGAAUAGGUUAAGAGCCCAAACCAAACUGACCAGGAGAGAGAUUGAUGCCUGGUUUACAGAAAGAAGAAAAUCAAAUGUCUCAAAGGAAGAGAGAGCUGACUUGAAUGAGAGCAAUGUUGGCAGCUCAAAAGAAGAGGCUGGAGAAACAUCUGUGGGAGAUGGAGCAGCAGGAGCAAAAUCAGGGUGUUCUACUUCAAGCAAAAUAGGCAAAAAAUCACCAGAGCAGUUGCACAUGCUUAAAAGUUCCUUUGUCCGUACUCAGUGGCCAUCUCCACAAGAAUACAACAAGCUAGCAGAAGAAACUGGGCUCCCAAGAUCAGAAAUUGUGAGCUGGUUUGGAGAUACUCGCUAUGCCUGGAAAAAUGGUGGAUUGAAAUGGUAUUAUUAUUACCAGAGCGCCAAUGCAAACAGUCUGAACGGCCAAGGCUUUGCAAGAAAGAGAGGGAGAGGAAGACCAAAAGGGAGGGGGAGAGGGAGGCCUCGGGGGAGGCCUCGGGGAAGCAAGAGGUUAAAUUGCUGGGACAGAGGUGUGUCUGUCAUAAAAUUCAAAACUGGAACAGCAAUCCUGAAGGACUACUAUAUGAAGCACAAAUUCCUUAAUGAGCAAGACCUCGAUGAACUAGUAGCCAAAUCUCACAUGGGAUAUGAGCAGGUCAGAGAGUGGUUUGCAGAAAGGCAAAGAAGAUUAGAACUUGGAAUAGAGCUGUUUGAUGAGAAUGAGGAGGAAGACGAAAUGCUGGAAGAUCAGGAAGAUGAGGAAGAAACGGAUGAUAGUGAUACUUGGGAACCCCCCCGACAUGUUAAGCGUAAACUUUCAAAAUCAGAUUGACGUGCAAUUUGGGAUUUGGGGGCCAAAAACCUAUUAAUUAGGUUUGAUGUUAUGGUGAAGAGCCAAGUGAUUUUUUGUGGCCUUCAGUUUAGCAAGCACCUGCUUAGAUCUUCCUUCCACCUAAAAGAACAUGGGCAAGGUGCUACCUGUGCAGGCAACAACUAUUUGCUUCCUUGCUACAAGAGAUGGACAUCCUCAGGCCUAGCCUAGGACAUGGGGUUAUAAAUCAGAUCCAGUUCGGCUCCUCCUCUUCCACAUGACCGAUGGGAAGGUUCAUGUUCAUCAUUCACAUGACUGCUUCUCAAUAUUUAAUUGCCUUAUGUUGUUUAAUUCCAAAAAAACCAGACACAUUUUUCUGUUGAUGUAGGAGAACAUUGCCUGCUCAUGAAGGAGGAAAAUACAAAAACCUCUUUUUGCAAACAUCGCUUCACCUGAAAGGUUUCAAGGCCUGGGUUUAUUUCUUAAGGAAAGAGUUGAAAACAAAAGAGAAGGGGAAAAGUGUGACAAAGGAAUCAAUGAACCUAGGGAUACCUAUCAUGAAACUUUCCCUAAAGAAUCUGCUAGAAUGACAGAAGAUUCAAGUCUUCAUCUGUGAUACGAAACAAUCAACCACAAGAGCUCCAUUGUGAUUUCGAAAUCUUCCCCCCGCCUCCAGUUCCAGCUUACAAAAGUGUUUCCAAUUUCGCAUAGUUGGCUAUCUGCAUGUAUGCUUACAGUCUGUACAGAAAUGCACUAAAAUGAGUUGCCCUACCAGGGAAGGCUUUAUGUUGUAUAGAAAAUGUGGCACUAGGUACUGCUCUUCAUGUGCACAGGAGAGUUAACAGGUGUCGAUCUCGUUUACAGAAAUGAUGGCGCUUUGCAAUUUUCUAUAAUAUAUUGCAAUAUAUUUAAGUGUCCUGUUUGACAUGUGAAAUGAAAUUAAGUUAAUGCAUUGUUAUGUAUUUGAAGUAUGAGGAAGACGAUUCACUAACGACCAGCAAGGUUUUUAGAAGGUGUCCAAUAUGUAGCUGUCUGUGUGAUCUGUCUGGUGUAUGUGAUGUUAAAGGAAGCAACAGUACCGUCACUGUUUAGAAUGAAGAGUUUCUUUUGAAUGAUGCAAUAGCUUACAGUGUCUUUCCUUUGUAGCUGCCCAAUGUGGUGAAGGGGAAGCAAUUCUUGAAAAAGUUCAAGAUAACUGGUUAACUGUGAAUGGGCCUAAUCUUUCGUGAAACCAAGAAAAUUUUUGGACACACACAGGACUUGAAUACUCAAAAGGAUUGGAACUUAGUGUUGUGCCAAAGUUAAACUACUGCAGUUGGCAGAAGUUCUGCACUGUAAAUAGAAGACUGAUUAAAAGACAGCUUGUAAAAAAAAAAAAAAAAAAAAAAUCAAAUUUUAAUACAGUACAUUUUUAUUCUGAUACAUGAUGGAAACAUUCUGUUUUAGACCUUUUUUGAAGGGGCUUCAGUGACCACUAGAUUUUGUCCUCUUAUAUUUUGUUUGGCCUAAUACUAUAUGUUCUAGUAAGAUGGGCUUUAUUGCCUGUGUUCUUUGAUAUGUGAUUAAGCUUAUAGCUUUGAGUGACCAAACAUUUUACAGAGUAAAAGUUCUUAGAAACAGUAUAACAUAACUGAUAUUUCUGUGUCUUAUUUAUCAGGCUCUGCACAAACUUGGAAAGUUGUGCUGGACUUGUACAACUCAUGUAUGGGAACGCAGCAUACUUCUGGAUAUUACAAACCUAAGCCUUUGUGGCAGUAUGGAUCUUGUCUUUGGAUUUAUUUUUGUUAUUUUUUUGAGGCAAAGAGACGAACGGAUGCUGCUGUAAAAUAUUUGUAAUAUUGCCAUUAUUGCUUUCUGUAGCAAUUAUUGCUUUUGCUUCAACAGAUAAAGAAAAUAAAUCAGAGAUAGAAAAAUCCUAAAAGGCGCUGGUAGAAGAAAGGAUCAUGUGGGAACUUCUGAAAAUAAACUUUGUACCAAAAAUUUGAAAACAGAAA